AUGGCUUCCGGAUCCGUGAUGCUGUUGCUUCUUCUUCUGCUGCUCGGGACAGCUUCGGCGAGGAAGAACGACACAGAGCUUGCGAAGGAUGAGGAGGUGGACGCUGCCGUGGAGCUCGAUCGGGACGUGCUGGAUGUGCAAAGCGAGGAGACCGAGCAGCCUGUGGAGAGCAGCACAAUAAUGGAAGAGCAAGAUUCUCAGGAGACGCGGGUCAAGCCGAACGUGACCUCGACUAACCACACGGAGACGGGUUUCAUGCCGAGUGUGCAUCUCGGGCCGAUUAUAGCCGAUCCCGAGCUCUUCGGCAACGAUCGACACCCGACCAGGUCGCCUUUCAACAGCAUCGAGCCCAACAACCAACCCGGAAACUCGCUGUUCAACAGUGUACGAGCUAUUAAGUUCGGCAAUGGUCAGUCAGACAAUGAGCCUAAGCCCCACCGUAAGACUCAACAGCCACCCUUUCGACCCUCCGAGGAAGACGCGAGUUACGUGAAAUUCGUGGACGAAAAUAACGAAGAGGAACACCCGCAUCGUUAUCAAGCUCCGAGCAGCAAUACUCAAGCCAAGGGUGGGGUUCACAAGAACGUGGCUGAUACGCGUCACGGCGAACCACACGAGCAGCAGGUGCAGCUCACCUACGUGGACGAUAAUUACUACAGCGGACAGCAGCAGCAGUAUCAGCAGCAGUACUCGACUUACGAGACCAAGCCGACCAAGUUCCACGAGGCGCCUGCGUAUGGGCUACCGUACCAGCAGGCGCUAGUGCCGGGUGAGAACGCUUACGCCCAUCAAUACCAACAGUCGCAGCACGACCCCUACAACACGGACGACCACCAAAAGCUCGUGCAGCCCGAAACGGUGAUAAACGUGCACCCGGUGUCCUACCAAACCACAUCCUACGAUGCUCUCACCAACCCUAAGACUAUAGUUUACGUCACCAGUCACGAGACGACGCGCACCAGGAAGGUCCCGUUCCCGUAUUACCAGCCGCAGGUCUUCGAACACACGGAAGCUGCUCCCGUUGUCCUACCGGAACACACAGAGCCCUACCCUUAUCCAAUUUUUUACGAGCCUCAGCAGAAAAGCGUUUCACCGUGGAAGAAGAUUCUUCACAUAAUCGGCGCGUUUCUACCCCUGGGUCUGCUACUCGCUCUCCUAUCGCCACGGGUCAUCACUGCCGAUCCAAACGCCGACCCAAACAUCAUCCUUUCGAAAUUGCGGGUGAACGACCUGCCGGCUGAGCACAAGAACAACCGCCUCGUGUCGUCGCAGACGGACGAGUGCGAGGAGAGAUCCAUCUGCAGGUUGGUCAACGCCGCCGACCCUACGAGUGCCAAUUUUCUCCGGCAUCUGUUGGUUCACGUCGCCGAGAGGACGCCGGAAUCGGCCGUGAGAAAGAAAGAGCUGGACAGGAUUUUCGAAGCGGCAAAACUGGGAAAUUGUGACAUAUUGACGUGCGGCUUUUAUGACGGCACUUAGUCUCUCCGUGGCGAAGAAGUAGAGCACUUUUCUCGUUUGUAAAUUGUCGCGAGUAGCGCGCGUGCUAUAAUUGAUUUAAUGCAAAGCGUGUAAUUUCAAGACUCGCGCGCUCGCGAAAUUCCAUUAAAGACCAUUUUCAUUUUGCGUUCUUAAUUAAAUCAUAAAUCAAGCGAUCGUAGGGAGAUCUCGCUGAAAAAUUUCGAUAAUUUUGAUAGUUAGGUGAUAAAUCGUCGUAAAUUGUAUUUAUACUUUCGACGUAGUCUCUAUAAAUCGUAUAUAUUUAUAUAAAUUAUUGAAAGUACUGUAAUCGAAAAAUAUUUCACCGAAUAAAGAACCACAUCACCAUUUGUGAUAAAAUAAAAUGUACAUAACACAA